GGGGAGGGGGAGGCGGCGAUUGGAUGCAGCGGCGGCGGCGGCGGCUCCGGGAGCGCGGCGGAGCGAGCGGCGCGGCGAGCCCGGCGGCGGACGAGGGAUAAAAAUAACUCCAUCAUGGCACAUUCAAAGACAAGGACCAAUGAUGGAAAAAUUACUUAUCCUCCUGGUGUAAAGGAAAUCUCAGAUAAAAUAUCAAAGGAGGAAAUGGUGAGACGGCUAAAGAUGGUUGUAAAAACUUUCAUGGAUAUGGACCAGGACUCUGAAGAAGAAAAGGAACUUUAUUUAAACCUAGCUUUACAUCUGGCUUCUGAUUUUUUUCUAAAACAUCCUGAUAAAGAUGUUCGUUUACUGGUAGCUUGCUGCCUUGCUGAUAUUUUCAGGAUUUAUGCUCCUGAAGCUCCUUACACAUCUCCAGAUAAACUAAAAGAUAUAUUUAUGUUUAUAACAAGGCAGUUGAAAGGACUGGAGGAUACUAAAAGCCCACAAUUCAAUAGAUAUUUUUAUUUACUUGAGAACAUUGCUUGGGUCAAGUCUUAUAACAUAUGCUUUGAGUUGGAAGAUAGCAAUGAAAUUUUUACUCAAUUAUACAGAACUUUAUUCUCAGUUAUAAAUAAUGGCCACAAUCAGAAGGUUCAUAUGCACAUGGUAGAUCUCAUGAGUUCUAUUAUUUGUGAAGGUGAUACAGUAUCUCAAGAACUUUUGGAUACAGUCUUGGUAAAUCUUGUACCUGCCCAUAAGAAUUUAAACAAGCAAGCAUAUGAUUUGGCAAAGGCAUUAUUGAAGAGGACAGCUCAAGCUAUUGAACCAUAUAUUACCAAUUUUUUUAAUCAGGUGCUGAUGCUUGGAAAAACAUCUAUUAGUGACUUGUCAGAGCAUGUCUUUGACUUAAUUUUGGAGCUCUACAAUAUUGAUAGUCAUUUGCUGCUCUCGGUUUUACCCCAGCUUGAAUUUAAAUUAAAGAGCAAUGAUAAUGAGGAACGACUGCAAGUUGUUAAGCUAUUGGCUAAAAUGUUUGGGGCAAAGGAUUCAGAAUUGGCUUCUCAAAACAAACCACUUUGGCAGUGCUACUUGGGCAGAUUUAAUGAUAUUCAUGUACCAAUCCGCUUGGAAUGCGUGAAAUUUGCUAGCCAUUGUCUCAUGAACCAUCCUGAUUUAGCAAAGGACUUAACAGAAUAUCUUAAAGUGAGGUCCCAUGACCCUGAGGAAGCUAUUAGACAUGAUGUUAUUGUGUCUAUAGUUACAGCUGCUAAGAAGGAUAUUCUUUUGGUCAAUGAUCACUUACUUAAUUUUGUAAGAGAGAGAACUUUAGACAAACGGUGGAGAGUACGCAAAGAAGCCAUGAUGGGACUUGCCCAGAUCUAUAAGAAAUAUGCUUUACAGUCAGCAGCUGGAAAAGAUGCUGCAAAACAGAUUUCAUGGAUCAAAGACAAAUUGCUUCACAUAUAUUAUCAAAAUAGUAUCGAUGAUCGAUUGCUUGUCGAGCGAAUCUUUGCUCAGUACAUGGUUCCCCAUAAUUUGGAAACUACAGAACGGAUGAAGUGUUUAUAUUACUUGUAUGCCACACUGGAUUUAAAUGCUGUGAAAGCAUUGAAUGAAAUGUGGAAAUGUCAAAAUCUGCUCAGACACCAAGUAAAGGAUUUGCUUGACUUAAUUAAACAACCUAAAACAGAUGCCAGUGUCAAGGCUAUAUUUUCAAAAGUGAUGGUUAUUACAAGAAAUUUGCCAGAUCCUGGUAAGGCUCAGGAUUUCAUGAAGAAAUUCACACAGGUGUUAGAAGAUGAUGAGAAAAUAAGAAAACAGUUAGAAGUUCUUGUUAGUCCAACAUGUUCCUGCAAGCAGGCUGAAGGUUGCGUGCGUGAAAUUACCAAGAAGUUGGGCAAUCCCAAGCAGCCUACCAAUCCUUUCUUAGAAAUGAUCAAGUUUCUCUUGGAGAGGAUAGCACCUGUGCACAUAGAUACUGAAUCUAUCAGUGCUCUUAUUAAACAAGUGAAUAAAUCAAUAGAUGGAACAGCAGAUGAUGAAGAUGAGGGUGUUCCAACUGAUCAAGCCAUCAGGGCAGGUCUUGAAUUGCUUAAGGUACUCUCAUUUACACAUCCCAUUUCAUUUCAUUCUGCUGAAACAUUUGAGUCUCUUCUGGCUUGUCUGAAAAUGGAUGAUGAAAAAGUAGCAGAAGCUGCACUUCAAAUUUUUAAAAACACAGGGAGCAAAAUCGAAGAGGAUUUUCCACAUAUCAGAUCUGCUUUGCUUCCUGUUUUACAUCACAAGUCUAAAAAAGGACCUCCUCGUCAAGCCAAAUAUGCCAUCCAUUGCAUUCAUGCAAUAUUUUCUAGUAAAGAAACCCAGUUUGCACAGAUAUUUGAGCCUCUGCAUAAAAGUCUAGACCCAAGCAAUCUGGAACAUCUCAUAACACCUUUGGUUACUAUUGGUCAUAUCGCUCUCCUUGCCCCUGAUCAAUUUGCUGCACCUUUGAAAUCUUUGGUAGCUACUUUUAUCGUGAAAGAUCUUCUCAUGAAUGAUCGGCUUCCAGGAAAAAAGACAACUAAGCUUUGGGUUCCAGAUGAAGAAGUUUCACCGGAGACAAUGGUUAAAAUUCAAGCUAUUAAAAUGAUGGUUCGGUGGCUACUUGGAAUGAAAAAUAAUCACAGUAAAUCAGGAACUUCUACAUUAAGGUUAUUAACAACAAUAUUGCAUAGUGAUGGAGACUUGACAGAACAAGGAAAGAUUAGUAAACCAGAUAUGUCCCGUCUGAGGCUUGCUGCUGGGAGUGCUAUUGUGAAGCUGGCACAGGAACCAUGUUAUCAUGAAAUCAUCACAUUAGAACAGUACCAGCUAUGUGCAUUAGCUAUCAAUGAUGAAUGCUAUCAAGUACGACAAGUGUUUGCUCAAAAACUUCACAAAGGUCUUUCCCGAUUACGACUUCCUCUUGAAUAUAUGGCAAUCUGUGCACUUUGUGCAAAGGAUCCUGUAAAAGAGAGAAGAGCUCAUGCCAGGCAGUGUCUUGUAAAAAAUAUAAAUGUAAGGCGCGAGUAUUUGAAGCAGCAUGCAGCUGUUAGUGAAAAAUUAUUGUCUCUUCUACCAGAGUAUGUUGUUCCAUAUACAAUUCAUCUCUUGGCACAUGACCCAGAUUAUGUCAAAGUACAGGAUAUUGAACAACUCAAAGAUGUUAAAGAAUGCCUUUGGUUUGUUUUAGAAAUAUUAAUGGCAAAAAAUGAAAAUAACAGCCAUGCAUUUAUCAGAAAGAUGGUGGAAAAUAUUAAGCAAACAAAGGAUGCCCAAGGACCAGAUGAUGCAAAAAUGAAUGAAAAACUGUACACUGUGUGUGAUGUAGCCAUGAACAUCAUCAUGUCAAAGAGCACCACUUACAGCUUAGAAUCUCCUAAAGAUCCAGUGCUACCAGCUCGUUUUUUCACUCAACCUGAUAAGAAUUUCAGUAACACCAAAAAUUAUUUGCCUCCAGAAAUGAAGUCAUUUUUCACUCCUGGAAAACCCAAAGCAACCAAUGUCCUAGGAGCUGUUAAUAAGCCACUUUCAUCAGCAGGCAAACAGUCUCAAACAAAAUCGUCACGAAUGGAAACUGUAAGCAAUGCAAGUAGCAGCUCAAACCCAAGCUCUCCUGGGAGAAUAAAAGGGAGGCUUGAUAGUUCUGAAAUGGAUCAUAGUGAAAAUGAAGAUUACACAAUGUCUUCACCUUUGCCUGGGAAGAAAAAUGACAAGAGAGGAGACGACUCUGAUCUUGUAAGGUCUGAAUUGGACAAGCCUAGAAGCCGUAAAAAAACAACUGUCACAGAUUCAGAAGAAAAAUUAGGUAUGGAUGAUCUGUCUAAGCUGGUACAGGAACAGAAGCCUAAAGGUAGUCAGCGUGGACGGAAGAGAGGUCAUACAACUUCGGAAUCAGAUGAACAGCAAUGGCCUGAGGAAAAAAGACUCAAAGAAGACAUAUUAGAAAAUGAGGAUGAACAGAAUAGUCCACCCAAAAAAGGUAAAAGAGGUCGACCACCAAAACCUCUUGGUGGUGGCACACCAAAAGAAGAAUCAACAAUAAAAACAUCUAAGAAAGGAAACAGGAAAAAACCCAGUCCUUCAACAGCAGAAGAGGAGGAGGAGGAAGAAAGACCUAGUGGAAACACAGAUCAGAAGUCAAAAAGUAAACAGCAUCGAACUUCGAGGAGAGCUCAGCAGAGAGCAGAAUCUCCUGAAACUAGUGCAGUUGAAUCCAUACAAUCCCCACUACAGAAAGGACGAGGAAGACCAUCAAAAACGCCAUCACCAUCACAACCAAAAAAAAAUGUCCGUGUUGGACGCUCCAAACAAGCAGCCACUAAAGAAAAUGAUUCAAGUGAAGAAGUAGAUGUAUUUCAAGGUGGCUCUCCUAUCAAUGAUGAUAUUCCACAGGAAGAAACAGAAGAGGAGGAAGUUUCUGCAGUUAAUGUACGGCGGAGAAGUUCUAAAAGAGAAAGGCGAUGAACAAGUAUAAUUUAUAGCUUUCCACAUGAAAGCUUUGCAAAAAAAAAUAAUUUUUUUGUCGAGCUUGUGGCUGACUAUACAGCUUUUGAUGCACAGACUGGGACUCAUGAAGGUGGACAGUUGGACUUUACCUUGAUGGCCUCAUUCAUGUGUUGUGGUCACACGAUUUAGCCACGCGCAUUGGUGAUAACAUUGACUAGAGUCUUGUGAAGGUUGUAAUGUGCUAUGGCUAUUUAGACAUGAACUAAAGAAAUGUGUAAAUAUAUAUUUUCUUUUUUCAAAUGUUUUUGACUUCUAAAGUGCUUGUAUAGCUUUUAUCUGCGGCUUUAAACUGACAGUACCCAGCUGUUAUUGGAUCUAUUGAUUUGAAGAAUUUGUUAGGAUAGAUCUUAAGCAGUGAACUGUCAGUGUUUGUAUUUGUAUUCUCUGCAAUUUUACUGUGAAAAAAAUUUCAACAAAUGGUGUCAUUUUCUUGAUGUUGCUAUUUGUUGGAGAGUUAAAUGGUCUCUUUCCCUUGUGUAUCUUACCUUAGUGUUUACUCCUGGGCACCCUUAAUUUUCAGAGGUGCUAAAUUGUCUGCCAUUAUACCGGAAGAAGGCCUCUGGUGAAGGACUCCAUGCAAAUUGUGAAAUAGUCCUGAAGUUGUUUAAUUUACAGCUCAGUAUUGUUCCUGGAAUUUUCUGGUCUUCCAUGAUACUGAAAAUUUUAAGGAGAGAAAUUUUAAAUAUUUUAAUUUUAAAGAGUGUGUUAUAAAAUAAUGUACUGAAUUCUUUAUCCCAACUUAUCGUACCUUUUCAAUUUUUAUUAAUCUACUGUAUCAAUAAAAUUCUGUAAUUUGAAUUAGAUUUUAAUAGUCUAGAAUGUUAUUGUGUAUAGAUAUUUCUGUUGAACAUUAUGUUCAGAAAAUGCAAAUUAUUACACUAUAAUAUAAAAUCUGAUAUAUACACAUUAGAAAAGUUGCAGUUCUCCAUAACAGUGUAAAAUUAAUCAGAAAGAAAAAAAAUUUUAUUGAUGCAGUUUGUCUUUAUAAAGCUGUUCUUGAAAGCAAGUGUUUUGUAUUUUAUAGUGAGUUGCAUGUUUAUGAAAAAAGAAGUGCUGAAAUGGGAUGUGCUCUUUUCUGUAUAUUCUUAUUUAGCCAUAGUAUAUGAUAGAUUGCCCCAUAACAUAGUUUUUCAUCAAGAGUUUAUUAUUGUACUUUAUUUUGGAGCCAAAAAAUUGUUUGGGGGAGAGAAGCAGGGCGGGAGUGAUAUAAUCAAUUACAUGAACUACUGUAGUUAUUCCAUUUUAUGAAUAUUCCAAACUAUGAAUAGAAUUUCACUUCGUUCAGAUAAAGAAAAGUGGAAAUUUAUUUGGGUUUAGACCAAGCGCCCCCUCUGCUUUAUUAUAAUCUUCAAAACCUAGCAACAAAUUACUUAUGGCAGUAUUCUUUGUACCAUUUCUUAAACUGUAUUUUGAACGAAAACAUAGAAUACUACUUAAUGUUCACUUAAAUUUACUUUACUAUUUCAGGUGCUCUUUUAUUCCCCCCUCAUUAAGUUUUAACAUCAGAUAAGAAAAUCAUUCUAACUUAUUAAAAUUAUUGCUUUGAAUAAUGGAACAUUUUCAUAUAAUACAUCCUAUGUUUAAGGUAUAUUUCCAAGAUUGGUUAUAAUAGAUGGGGGGAUAUAAUAAAGAAACUACUAUUUUGGAAAAGGACAUUUUACUAUUUUCUAGUGUAUAUCACAGUUGAUUAUUUUUCGUUUAAAGAUUCCUUCAUGUUUACAAAACAGCCUUUUACUUUUUAAAAAAUGUUUUGAGCUGUGUCUUAAUCUCUCAGUGUUUAUCUAGUCUCAUUGACAACCUUAUUGACAUCAGUGGUUAUGGGAGGCUGCUAUAUAUCAAGACAGCUACGUUGGACCAGGAUAUUGGUUUUUAAACUUUUCAUUAGCUCAUUUCUCCCAAACACACUAAUUCUAUGUCAACAGUACAAAGGCAUGUUUUUAAAUCUAUAAAAUAAAGAAUAAGGGAAAGCUUUGUAUUUUUGUCAUUGACUAAAUUGCACCAGAAAUGUUUAUGAAAGUAUAUCUUUAAGGCCAUUUUAUAAAACAACAAAAUGAUUGUGGAGGGUUUUUAUUUGCAUGAUCAUAACCAAAUUUUAUUGCACAUUAGCCCUGUACAUUAGUUCACAAAAACUUGUUCAUUGUAGUUUUGUUUGAUGCCAGCAAGUCUGGGAUUUUACAGCUUGUCUAUUCACUUUGGAGAUUAUGGUGUAAAAUUUUUUUCGUAGAAAAAUAGGUAUAGUAAUAAUCAACGUUUUGAUGUCCUAAGUCUAUCUUGGGGGAUUUUCUUGUUAUUAUGUUUAAACUUAACAUUUCAUGUACUAACAUUGAGAGAGCCACAUACUUGACAAUAAAAUUAAGUAUGUAUACAACAUUAAUUGCUAGCAGUGAUUAGCAAACUUCAGUGAUAACGUUCAUUUUGAAAAUGUGUACUGUAUAAAAUUAAGAAAAUAUUGAACUCACUGUAUCAAGCUCCAUUAUGAAAACCUUAUGAUUAUUCAGUGAGGUUAUCUUGUUGCACUAUGUAGCAAAUCUGUUUUAUCUACAUUAUAAUGAAAUUUCUUGCUGCAGUGCAACGGGAAACUUUUUCAGUGAUCUCCACUGUAUAUGUAAAUUAAAAAUGUGGCUGUAAAAUUUGUUUCAGGUAUUAAAGGUUAAAUUACUUUCUGUAUCUUCUUAUUACAAGUUGGAAGUUUCAUUUUUAAGAUUUCCUUUUGCCCAUUUAAAGAAUGUCAGGAAUUUAAGAAUUUGUUUAACUUAGGCAUAUCUCCCUUACCAGUAUUAUGUCACCACAGUGAACAAUUGGUACUUAAGUAGAUAACCAAUUUUCAUACACAUUUUUUGAUUUUCUGUGAAAUUAAA